AUGUUCGAACUUAAUUUAACCGUUGUUCAAAUAGUUUAUAUAUUUAUUACAAUCGUUGGUGUUGUUGGUAAUGUUAUUAUUCUUAUCGUAUUUGGUAUUAGUCGGAACCUCCAAACUAGCACAAACGCUUUAAUAAUGAAUUUGGCGUUUGCCGAUUUGAUGUUUCUUAUAUUUUGCGUACCAUUCACAGCGAUAAGCUAUGCAAAACCAUGGCCUUUUCCUGACACGAUAUGUUAUAUGACCAUUUAUUUACAAUAUGUUACUGCAUAUGCAUCCGUAUGGACAUUGGCUGUUGUUUGCCCGAUUAGUGCCAUUAGUUUGCGCAAUAUACGCAAUGUUAUUGGUAUUUGUGUGCUUAUGUGGAUAACGAUAUUGUUAUGCAAUUUGCCAUCGUUAAGAAAUAUUGGCGUACUUCGAUAUGAAAUUCAAGAUGAACAACUAGGGACUUGUGUCGAUUCGAUACCAAUUGCUUUAACUAAUGCUACAAAGGUGGAUGCGCUAAUAUUUUAUAUGAGUUUUAAUGUUUUUGCAUAUCUUUUGCCAUUAGGAAUCAUUUCGAUAUUUUAUAUAUUAAUGGUGAAGAGGUUGUGGAAGAAGAAAGGUGAUUUGAAGAUAUCUAAGGAAGCGUUCAGAAUAAAACGUCGAAUAACAAAGCUUGUGUGGCUUAUCAUCUUAACAUUUGCUAUUUGUUGGUUACCACAGAAUAUUCGUUUUGCACUGAAAGCAAUUUACUAUCCGAGCCCAAUAUUUUGGGAAAAAUAUGAUAAUGAGUUCUUUUUUGCUAUGCAGAUAGCUAUUCAACUUCUCGCUUAUGCAAAUAGUUGCAUGAACCCUAUUUUAUAUGGCGUUCUGUCGGAGAGAUUUCGUGAUUUCUAUCGUCAAAUCCGUCUUCGACGAUUCGGUAGAUCAGUUGAUAGAAAAUUUAUUUCAGAAACUAGGUAA